AUUCUUGCCCGCCCGUGAGCUAUUUCUACCUGUUCGUCCUUUCUUUCGCCUUCUGCCGCCCAGCGCGUCACUCUUAAUUUGCCAUCAUGGACACUUUACUCACAGCAGAAAUCUAUGCCAACUCGCCCCGCUUCAGGCGGCGGUCGAGUACGUUCGUGGAUGCUAUCCAUGACUUGCCCGGGAAGGAAGAGAUGGCGCCCGCUCAACUGUACAGCACAGAGUCUGGCCGUCUCUUCCACUCUGGACGCAUUGUCAUCGCUACCGUUGGCCUGCCAGCUCGAGGAAAGACACACACCUCGGUCGCCGUAGCUCGCUACCUGCGGUGGCUGGGUGUCAAGACGCACGUGUUUCACUUGGGCGACUACCGUCGCGCUACUCUUGGCCCUGAUCAGGACGUGCCUGAGGACUACUUCUUUCUCAAUGCAGAGCCGCAGUCAGUGCUGCUACGGAAUAAGAUUCUGAAGAAGUGCCGUGACGAUAUUUACCAUUUUCUUGAAAACGAAAAGGGCCAGGUAGCCAUCUACGAUGCAGUGAAUGCCAUCAGUCAGGGCCGACGAUCACUCGCCAAAGAAUUUGCAAAGAAGGGAAUCCAAACUGUCUUCAUCGAGUCCCAAUGUACAGACGAGCGUAUCAUUCAGGAGAACGUUCGCCGAGUCAAGAUCUCCUCGCCCGACUACAAGGGCUGGAACGACGAGGACGCAGUUCGAGAUUAUCUGGCGAGAAUCAACUCAAGAAUACCGCAUUUUGAGACCAUGGAGGAGCAAGAUCUGCAUUGGAUCAAGAUGAUCAACGCGGGAGAACGAGUCCAUGUGAACAAUUGUGCCUUCGGCUACCUGUCCCAACGAAUUGUCUUUUACCUGCUGAACCUGCACAUCAAAUCUCGACAGACGUAUUUUGCGCGUGCCGGAACCACACGAGAGGAGGACUCGUACAAGGCCGACGCUGAGUUAUCGCCAGAAGGCCACGAAUAUGCCAAGCAGAUGAGCGAUGUGCUGUUGAGAUACCGCGAGGAGGAACGGCAGAAGCUGAUAGACCAGGGGGCGCCGGACGCUUCCUUGAAGCCGCUGACGAUCUGGACGUCCACUCGCCGACGCACUGUACAGACCUCUGAGCACCUAGCGUCGAUGGGCUACCGCGUCAGACAACGAUCACAGAUGAGCCAAAUGAACCCUGGAGUAUGCGAGAAGAUGUCAGAGCGGAGGAUCCGGGAAGAACUCCCAGACGAGGUUACCAAACAUGAGGCAGACCCUUACCACCACAGAUACCCACGUGCAGAGUCCUACCACGAUCUUGCUGUGCGCAUGGAGCCCAUCAUCCUUGAGCUCGAGCGCGAAGAGAACGAUCUGCUCAUCAUUGCCCAUGAGUCGGUCCUUCGUGUGCUCUACGGAUAUCUUAUGGCUUGCAAUGCGGCCGACAUCCCGAAACUCGAGUUCCCACGUGACGAAAUCAUCGAGAUCAUUCCCUCGAGCUACAACAACGUUGCGAAACGCAUCAAGAUCCCUAACCUCCCACAAAGCAUGGUACCCGGUAGCCCCGAGGACAUCAAGAUUCCUGUACCUCCUAGUGGAGCGGUAAGCCCUUUUUCCGGGAUUGGGACACCCAACGUCAAUUCUGGGACCGCGACGCCUCAGCAUUCCGCUGCUCAACCGCUCAAUGUGAAAACAACCCACGUUAACCCACUUGAGUAAGUAGGUUUGCUACCGUUUCCGAUACAAUUCGACGUUCGACAAUGAAAGGGCCAGCCAGCAGACCGAUUUCGAGUCAAGCCUAGACGGGUUAUGAUAUUGCGAUGAGUUACGAUCUUGAAUGUCGGCUUCAGUACCAGGCGUUUGUGUAUACGACUUGAACGUGUAGACUGUACAUACGAUCAAGAUCCGUCGAUAACCUUAGAAACAUACGGUCUUCUUCACGACGUUCCAGCUUUUUGACAUGACUCGUGGUUCUGAUGG